AUGAUCCUCGAGGUCGACGAGGUUCUUCACCACGAGAAAUCCAAGAAGCAUGAUAUUCUACUUUUCAAGGCAACUAAAUAUGGCACUAGUACGAUGAGUUUUGUAUGUAUAUUUUUAAUAAUACCUUGUAUAUUUCCUGCCCACAGCCUCAAGAAUGGCGGUGUCCUACGGGAAGCCGUCAAGCAUGCGUCGGUAGAAGAAGUCACUAUUUGCGAGAAUGAUGAGGCCAUCAUACGCGUCUCCAUAAAGUACCGCCCAGAUAUGAGCGUUGCUCUCAACCACGUUGCUGCCAAGAUGCACAUAGGCGAUGAAAUCGAGUUCCCGGCAGACAACCAGUUUGACAUCAUCACCGCAGACAGUCUCGACUCUGUAGGAUAUUCAAAGAGGGUGGUCCAGAAGUCCUACUUUGAGGUUCUUAAUGGAGCCCUUGUGGGGAGGGAAUUCUGGCUGUGCAAAGUUGAUUUCAAAUGGCUUCACCUCCCAGUGAUUACAGAAUUCAGGAUCAUAUGCAAAGACAUUUCCCCCGUUGUUGAGUAUGCCUACAUGCCCAUCUCUACUUACCCUUCGGGCCAAACUGGCUUCCUCAUUUGCUCGAAUAAUCCAAACCAUGAUGUCAAGCGACCACUUCGUUGUUGGGCGCGAGAGGAAGAGGAACCCAGCUUUGUCCUGCCUAACUUCGCGCGGAGGGCUUUGGCUUAG